AAUUCUACUAGUUGCCGAUAAAAGGAAAUCCGUGGUUCUGCUUCGGACUCGAUUUCAAAAUUAAACGCUCGACGACCAUGCACAAAAUCUCACGUAGAUCGAGAUAACCGUUAUGUAAAUUCAUUCGGACGUUGGGUAUUCCGGAAUCAGUAAGCAGAAGGAAGUUUGGAGAAGUGUCGGGCCGAGAAAUUAUCGUACGGAAAGGAUCGCGAAGCUCUGACUGAUUAACGUAGUAAGACUACGUUUAGAAGGCAGCCAUCUUGCAAUCCCUAAUCAAAGAUCUUCGGCUAGCGGGUAUCGUUCUUCUCUCUCUCUGGUUUUUCGGCCAGUUAAUAUCAACACACAGUUCAUCAAAUGGCUUUAAAACGAAUUAAUAAGGAACUUCAGGACCUUGGAAGAGAUCCACCCGCUCAAUGUUCUGCAGGCCCUGUUGGAGAUGAUUUAUUCCACUGGCAAGCAACGAUUAUGGGACCACCUGACAGUCCGUAUCAAGGCGGUGUAUUUUUCCUAACAAUUCACUUUCCCACAGACUACCCGUUUAAACCACCUAAGGUUGCUUUCACGACUAGAAUCUAUCAUCCUAAUAUCAACAGUAAUGGAAGUAUUUGUUUGGAUAUAUUAAGAUCGCAGUGGUCACCAGCACUUACUAUAUCGAAGGUCUUACUUUCAAUAUGUUCUUUGCUCUGCGAUCCAAAUCCAGACGAUCCAUUAGUACCAGAGAUAGCAAGGAUAUACAAAACUGACAGGGAGAAAUACAAUGAAUUGGCACGCGAAUGGACGCGCAAGUAUGCCAUGUGAUGCGCCAAUCUCGUUUGACCUCAACACCCGAAUGCCACCAACAAGCAACCCCAGCCUAUUGCCACUUAUGCAUCAGCACAGAUUGAAAUUAGUUAUGGCUCGUCUACUUUUAAACUUAAGCCGCGACUCAGGCCCGAAGAAUUCUCUCAGGCAAGCGUCGACAAACUGUGGAGUUUCCCUUCUCGUACUGGGUGGCCCGCGAAUACUAAGACGUUGCCACAAUGGCAAUCAAGGCAAUUUUAAAGGUGGUCAUAAACACACACAUACACACAUAUAAACAUACACUAAUAACAAACGCAACACGCAACAUUAUACAUAAUUCAGAUUACAAAAAAAUGAAAAAAAGGGAAAAAAAAAUGACAAAAAAAUACAUGCAUACCUACAUACAAACAUAAAACAAACAAAUUUACCAACAAACACACAUGUCCGCUUUGAUUUUCAUAAAAUAAAUAAUAAUUACAAAAAAAAAAAAAAAC